UAUGAUAUCACUGAUACAGAAUCACUAGAAGCCCUUCUAGGUCCUGGCGAGGCGAUGCCAGGCCCGAAGACUGUGCUUGCUCUAGUGAUAAUAAGUAAUAGGCCAGGCUGCUACCGUUGUGAGGCGCCCGGCGUACCAUCGAACGUCACAACAAUGUGCUGCGUCUUGUGUUCCUCGAUGCGGUUUCCGUUUCCGAGUUCAUGACAUCCGCCACGUGCGUUUGAGUCGACUCAAAAGCAGUUUCCGAGUUCAUCACAUCCGCCACGUUUCCCUGUCGUUUCGCUCCUCGGGACGAACUUUUCCAUACGCCAGUUUAUGGACAGGCGCAUUCUACUACCUUAGGCACGCCCCGCCAUAGUCUGACUCCGGGGCCGUCGGCGACCACCCACUAAUUAUCCGCUGCCCAGUGAUUCACGCGAUGCGGUCGUCCUCGGGUCGCACUAGUGCGGGGGCAGUCGGAUCGGGCUUCACGUCGCCGCGCGAUGCCGACGCGGCUGAGGCGCGUCGCCUCCAACGCGCCGCGCUGUUGCAAGCUCGCGGCGGGCCUAACUCCAUGGAGAAGCGAUUCCUGCGCUUUAUAUCGGGCCGGAACCUUCCUGGAUUCUGCCACCAUGAGCUCCGUGGCCCCCAUUCUCCCCGGCUACGCGCGUCGCUUCACCCUCUCGCAGCGCGCCGUCACGCUCCUGCUCGCCGCGCGCAACCUCACCUCCCUCGUCGCCUCGCUCCCCAUCGGCGUGCUCCUCCUCCUCCUCUCUGUCCCCACCAUCUUCGCCGCCACCUUCUCUCUCUCCACCCUCGCCUCUCUCUCCCUCGCGUUUCCCAUCGCUGGGGCGGGGUCGCUCGCCGCUGCCCUGGUGCUUCAGGGGAUUGUCACCCAAUCCGUGCACAGCCUCGGGCUUUUUUUUGCUGCCCGGGUUUGCGGGUCCGGCGCGUCGUUGGACGAGGUGGUGGACCAGCUGGCGCAGAGGGGCAGCGAGGGGCUGCACAAACUUUUGGGCUCGGGCAGGUUGUGGACUGCCCGGGGCAGAACGUCCUUAAGUUAUGGUUUAGUGGGGGAUGGGAGGAGAGGGACGAGCAACCUCAGCGGCAUAAGCAACACCCCUUACGAGCGACUCACCCCUUCCCAGCAGCAGCAGCAGGAGGAAGAGGAGGAGGAGGAGGAGCAGCAGCAGCAGCAGCCGGAAAUAGAGGGUCAGGGUUGGAGGGAGUUUUCAGGAGGAAUGGGGCCCGAAAUGAGAGCAAGAGGGGGGCGUUGAGAGCAAGGGGAGGGAAGAGGAGGAGGAAGACGAGCAGGAGGGAGAGGGGAGCGAAGAGCGCAAGUUGGAGGGGUCGGUGCUCCAGGUUCGGCCGGAGGCGGAGGCGGAGGUUCGGCAUCCGAGGGUCUGUUCGUGGUUCGGAGCAGCGACCAGGUGUUCCGAUCCGCAGCAGCGGACUACUCCCUCACGGGUACCCACUUCCCCACCGCCUUUGCCGAUGGCAUGGAUGGCAGCAGCGGCGUGAACACCCCCACAUCGGGCCCUUCUGCUUCGUCCUCUGAGUCCUCUCUGCUUAUCGGGGUGAUCGGGUCGUUGCUGGGGUGGGCGUCGCUGGGCGCGCUGAUCGGCCCGCUGUUUGGCUCGUUUGCGUACCAGUACCUUUCCCCGUGGAUCGCCUAUCUACUUGCGGCGGUCGCUGCGGCGGUGCUCGCAUUCCUCUCCUUCCUGCUCUCCCCUGAAGCGCAUUCUCUCGACCACCUCGAGUUUCAGCUCCGCUGGCGCAAGAAGCAGCAGCAGAAGCAGCAGCAGGAGCAGGGGGAGAAUCCAGCCUCUUACUCUCUCGCAAAUACCUCCUCAUCCUCCUCCACCCCUGCGUCCGAUCCUGCAUCUGCUACUGCUGCUGCGUUUCGCAUGGCCACAGUAGAACCAGACCCGGACUCCAUUGUCGAUCCAAGUUUCCAGGCAGGCAGCGGGCAGGUGACGGUAAAUUUCCAGGCGCUAGGGGUAGAACCGCCUCCGGAACCUUCCGACCUGCCUGACUCGUUCUUCUCGUCGUUUGCGUCUCGCCAGGAUGAAGGUUCAGAUGGCCCUUCAGGUUACCUCUCAGGUGAUCCCUCAGGGGAAGCGGAUGAUGAUGGUGGAGGCUUUUCAUUGACGCGGAGAUUUGAACCCAUGACCUUUGCCUCCAGCUCCGCAGCUGCUGCUGCUCCACUGCCUGCCACUGCAUAUGAUCCUGCUGCUGCGGCAGCAGCUAACGCUACAGCUGCUCUUGCUACAGCUGCUCCUGCUACAGCUGCUCCUGCUACAAGUUCUGAAGCGGCUGCAUUUGCUUCUGCUGCAGCUGGCCCCACCCAUGCCCCUCGAUCAGCCCUCGAUCAGCCCCUCGAUCAGCCCCUGCUCCUUCCCCUGCUCCUUCCCAGGAUCAGCAAGCCACUCCACAGCCCGGCACCUCUGAUCCUCAGGCGCCCCUUCCCUCUACCCUCGUCCCCCUCAUCCGCCCUCCUAACCCCGCCCCUGGCACGGCCCAUCUGCCUCCUUCAGCCCCUGUUGCCCCAGCAGCUGCGGCCGAUGCUGCUCCUCGCACUGCUGUUGAUGCUGCAACUUCUACAGCUGCGGCUGCUGGUGCUGUUGCUGCAGCAGCUUCUGCUGCUGGUUCUGCUACCACUGCUACUGGCGUUACUGCUGUUACUGCAGCAGUUGUUACUGAUGCAAGAGUACCAGUUGCUGCUGCCGCUGCAGGUGAUGCUGCAAGCACAGAGGCGGACGGAGGGGAGUGGCAGGAGGUGCCUCUAUCAGGGGAAAGCACUCCGGUGGCUGUUUCCACCAUGGGCCAUGGGCAGCAUGCCCUUGACCACCAUGCCAUGGGCCACCGGCAGCAUGGCCUUGACCACCAUGCCAUGAGCCAUGGGUCGUCGGCAGCAGCUGAAAGAGGGUUUGACGCAGGGUGGGGAGAAGGCCAGGUUACAGUGCCAGCAGGGGCGGGGAUGACUGCAAGAGGCGCAGCAGCGGGUGCUGCAGAGCCUGCUGCUGACAUCAUCGAGAGGGCUUUUAAUAUUGGGGGGGGCGGCAGUACAAGCUCAAUCAAUAACUCCACCGCCUCUGCUCCCGUCAUUCCCUCGUCAUCCACCAGCACCACCAGCACCACCAGCACCACCAGCACUGCAGCAAGGAGUCAAAGCGCCCCUGCCAUCCCCCUCCUGUUGCCAUCCCCUCUUCCUUGUCUGCUGCAGUAACCUCAGUAGGUGCUCCCACCAGCAAUGCCUCCCACCCUACUGCCAGAUCCAUUGCGCAAGGGCUUGCUACAGCUGGCACCGCCAGCUCAGCUGCCGACAUCAGCAGCAGCUACAGCAGCGCAUACUCUGGUAGUGCCACCGGUGCUGGCAACACCUUUGGCAGAACCAGCAGCAGCAGCAGCAGUGUAAGCACGACUGACUCUCUCUCCCACCAGCAGCACGAUCACCAAGAGCAGCAGCAGCAGCAGCAGCAGAGGGGCAGCAGCACCAUUCGAGGGCUCCUCUUUGCCCUCCGUAACCGCCUCGCCACAGCCGUGCUCCUAACCACCGCCGUCCAAACCCUCUCCUUCGGAGCUCUAGAGGCCACCCUCCCUUUCUUCCUCGCCGACACCUGCGACGCCGGGCCGGCCUCAGUCGGCCUCGCGUUUGCGUUCAACGGGUUGGCGUACUCGUUUGUAGCUUACGUCUCGGCGCACGCGCACGCCACGGCGCAUUUGCAUGUGCAGGCUCGCUUGCAUGCCCACGCCCGGGCGGCUCUCUCGUCGCCUUCGGCGUUUUUCUCGUUUCUCGUCGCCUUGGCUUCGUCGGUGCUUCUCUAUGUGCGGAGCCUGUCGCCAGGAGCAACAAAUUCCGUGGGGAUGACCAUUCUCGCAUGGACCCUUCCCAUAGUUAUGAUUCAGGAGAUCUCAUGUUCUGCGGCCCGUGUUCCACUCUACCUUCUUAUGGCGGCGAAUGGUGUGGGGUAUGCUCUUACCGAGCUUCCAAGCUUUGCAUCCCUGGUGUCUGCAUUGGAAAGUGAAGACGAUGAGGAGCAGAAUCUGCUUAGUAGUGGGUAUGCAAGGAGCAGCUCGAUUGGGGAAAGGAGGGGAGGAGAUAAGCACAUGGAUGUGGCGGUGCUGGUAGCACUGUACAAUGGUGCUGGUGUAUUCGGGUAUGCGCUAGGCCCUCUGUUGUCGACUGCGCUUGCUUCCAAGCUCCCUGCGUUUUGGGUGAUGGCGUGUGUCUCUGGGUUCCUUUGGAUAGUUGGGGCUUUUAGUGUUUGGGCUCGGAGAGUCCAUUCUAGAAGACUGGAUAGGUCAUAAAUUGGUUUUAUGCUGCAUGUCUUGCUUUUACCAUAUUGAUCUGGAAAGAUUCUUGAUACUUCGCUGUACAAUU